GUACGGCUGCAAGCUGAACGUGGAGCGGGCGAAGCGAGUCCUCGACGCCUACUACACGGUGCGCGCCACGGCGCCCGAGUUCUUCAGGGACAGAGACCCCCUGUCGAGGGACAUGCAGCUGUGCUUCCGGGCGGUGCACUACGUGCCUCUGCCGACGCUGACGCCUCUCGGCUACCGACCGACGCUCCUGCGCCUGGCGCACUGCGACGCCAGCAAAUUCGACGUCCGCGUUCUGACGACGCGCAUCGUGAUGUCUCUGGACGCGCGUCUGCUCGAGGAGCGCUGCCUCAGCAACGUCAUGCUGAUCGACCUGGAGGGCUUCACGAUGGGCCACUACACGAGGGCGUCGCCCACGCAGGCGACAGUGCGCAAGGCGCUGCUCUGCAUACAGGACGCCUUCCCCAUGCGGCUAGCGCAGGUGCAUCUGAUCAACGUCCCUGCGUUCAUCAACAACGUCAUGAGCUUGUUCCGACCCUUCCUCAAGGAGAAGUUCUUGAACAAGAUUUUCUUCCACUGCUCCGGCUACGAGGCCCUGUACGAACACGUGCCACGCGAGGCUCUGCCCCGGGAGUACGGAGGCAAGCUAGACUCGACCCAGGACCUCGCGGACAGGUGGAACGAGAAGCUGGUGUCACUCCGCCCCUGGUUCCUGCGGGAACAGCUGAUUAGCCGGUCGGACGAGACGCGGCGCCCGCCGGGCCUGCGCACUGACACCGCCUCCGCCCUGGCGUCCGACCCAGACGUUCACGGAACCUUCAGACAGCUGAGCAUCGACUGACUUUGUGUAACGCCGAGUUAUGGCGCGUCUCUUAACGCGAAACCGUCCAAUAAACAUGUGUCCACCCCUCGUGUCGUAAUCUUAA